CUAAUAUUAUGAGGCUUUAUGACUAUUGUAUUCUUUAAGUUAUCAUAAUGUUGCGAUUAUUGUUUAUGUCCUUUUAUUUGUAAUUAAUGUAAUUUUAUACAAUAGUAUGCGCUUUUUAUCCGUAUGUAUGCACUUUUGUUAUAAUGUUAUUAUUUUUUGAUAAUAAAUAACGUGUAUGAUUAUUAUGUUGUUAUUCAUAGAUAGCGAAGCAAGCAUUCCAGCGAAACAAGAAUCUAUAAAUAUAUUAUCUCCGACCUUAAAUAAUCACAUCAAUUAUCAAAUAUUUACUUGUUUAACAAGCCAAAAAAAAAAAAAAAAACUGCUUUUACUUCUUACUUCAUACUCGUAUAAGAUUUGUUUCUUCUUAAUAAAAAAAAAAGAAAAAAAAAGUGUAUUAACCCGUUUUUGUAUAGUACUGUACUAUACAUACUCCGUAUUACAUAAAUCAGAUGUCUCCGAAGGACCCGUAUUACAUGUAUGAUUUUAUGGGUAUGACUGUAUGAGUGUAUAACUUCAUAAUUGCGGGGAAGCGAGUGUUGAAAAGUCUAUAACGUGGUACAAUUAUAUGGACAUUAUUAGGAGUGUUCAUCUAAUCAUACAUUGUGGUACCCUGAGGGUAAAAUCAUUCCUUUCCUUCAAAAAAAAAAAAACAAUGGCUGAAUCUGUAGCUCCGCUUUUGGUUGAGGCUGUGAAACCCAUGAUUGAAGUAAUGGUGAGUCGGGUGAAGGGGGAGAUCAAACUGAUGCGGGGCUUCAGAAAAGAUCUCAACGAGCUCAAGCGCAAGGUCGAUAUAAUCUCAAGCUAUGUGCUCAACAAGACUGCUACUAAUACUAAUACUAGUAGUAGAGACCUAAUAGAACCGUGGAUGAGAAAUGUCGUCAACAUUCUCUAUGAUGCGGAGAAUAUGAUGGAUGUGUUGGCUUAUGAGAAGCAGCGUGUAGUUGUCAUGAAGAGAAGGUCUCAAAGGAAACGAGUCUUCUGGCCUUUGAAACAGGUCUUCUUUCGCCGUAAGAUUGGCAAGUGGAUAAGUAGGAUCAAUUCCAACAUCGAUAAAGCUGUGAAAGAGGUUAAAACCAUUGCCAAGCUCCGCCAGGCUUUAGACUUAGCUCCUCAAGGCGCCGCUGAAGAUAAUCCUCUGCAACAGGUUCGACGGAAUUUGGAUAUGUCCAUGUUCAUCGGCAGGGAUACUGAUGUUGAUUCCUUGGUAGACAAAUUGUGCAACCCUUCCCUGGAUAACUGCCUUUCUGUCGCAGCCAUCGUUGGUUUUGGAGGCAUUGGAAAAACAAGGCUAGCAAAAAACGUUUUUGAGAAUAAGCGAGUGACGGAGUCAUAUACCCAAAGAAUUUGGGUGGUCGUAUCAGAAGAUUUUAACAUUACGAGGAUUUUACUGAGAAUGCUGGAGUACAUUGACAAGAGCGAUAAAGAGAUUGCCAACACCGACAGCAGCGAAACAGCAGUAAGAAAACUCAAGGAAAAACUAAAUGGAAAGAGAUACUUGUGUUUGAUGAUGUUUGGAAUACCCAUCAAGGCCUUUGGAAUUCAAUGAAAAGUUCUCUGGAAAGUACUGGUGGUUCUAAGGAUAGCAUGAUACUGGUGACAACUAGAGAUAAAGAUGUUGCACGGGUAAUACACUCGUCUUCGGUCCAUGAAUUGCCAGAGCUUUCCGAAGAUGAUGGUUGGUCUUUGUUUAAACAAGUUGCCUUCGUAAAUAAGUCUAAGGAGAACAUAUCUAUGUUAGAGACCAUUGGUGAAAAGAUUGUUAGGAAAUGUAAGGGAAACCCCUUGGCAAUAAAGACCAUUGGAGGAAUAUUGCAAACUAAACAACAUUCAUAUGAGUGGGAGAACAUUGAACGAAGUGAAUUAUGGGAUUUACCACAGGAUGAUGAGACGGGAAUAUUACCAUCAUUGAAGCUUAGCUACAAUCAUUUGCCAUCUCCAUUUUUGAAAAAGUGCUUUUCCUUUUGUGCUGCGCUUUCAAAGGAUGAACAAUUGGGUAACGAAUGGUUGACACAUCAAUGGAUGGCUCUGGGCCUAAUCGAACAAUUUGAUAGUAGAGAAUUGAUGGAGGAUAUUGCUCAAGGGUAUAUUAAUGUUUUGCUAAACAUUUCCUUCUUACAGGAAGCAGAGUGGGAUGAUCUUGGAGAUAUAAAUUAUUAUGUUAUGCAUGACUUAGUGCAUGACUUAGCAACAUCAGUUUCAAGGCACGAGUUGUUAUUAUUGGAAGAAGGUAAACAAGUGACAACCAUAUCUGAUGUUCGACAUUUGUCUAUAUAUGGACAUGUGGAAGUAACAUCAGAUUUUUGGGACAAUUUGGUUGUUGAAAAUUUACGCUCACUUCUCAUCGAUAGGAGUUCACCUAGAGGUUUAUUGGAGUAUGUCAGGUAUCUGCGUGUAUUAUGUUUACAAUAUGUAGGUUUAAAUAAUGUUCCGAAAUCAAUUGCUGGAUUGAAGUGUUUGAAGUACCUUAGUCUGAGAAAUAUUCCAAUUAAGGUGAUGCCUGACUAUAUUACUAGAUUAUACAACCUGCAAGCUUUGGUUCUAGAAGGUUGUAAGUUGUUAAAGGAGUUACCUCGAGGAUUAGCUAAUUUAGUUAAUCUGAGGCAUCUUUGGAUUGACAGCAUAAACAAAGUUCCAGCAGGGAUGAUUGAGCAGCUGAGGUGUUUGCAAACCCUUCCACCUCUGUGGGUAAGAGAUGGAGGAUUCCAGAUCUCUGAAUUGGGAUAUUUGCCUCACGUGAGUGGUGAAUUAAAAAUCUGCAGCCUUGAAGUAAUCAAGAGCAAACAAGAUGCUGAAACUGCACGUAUCUCAGAGAAGUCAAGACUUAAGAAGUUGGGGCUAUUCUGGAAUAGUGACGACAACUGGGUAAAGCAUGAGGAGGUGUUAGAUGGGUUGAAGCCAAACUGCAAUCUUAGACUUCUAAGAAUUGGAGGGUAUGGUGGAGAGAAAUUUCCAUCUUGGUUUAUGAGAAUGGGUGCAGUCUACAACCUGGUAAAGAUUAUAGAGCUUGUUGGUUGUACGAGGUGCCAAAAAUUGCCAACAUUGGGGAACCUGCCUUAUCUUGAAAGGCUUAAGAUCACAAAUAUGGACAGGUUGGAGCACAUAGGUGCAGAGUUGUAUUGUAAUGCUGAGAUUUUAACUGAGGAUGCGAGUAGCAGUUCUAACUUUGAGGUCGUAUAUUUUCCAAGCCUGAAAGUACUUCAACUAUGUGGGCUUCAGAAUUUAAGAGAAUGGGGUGAACCGUGCUCUGGGGUGAGGUCAUCAAGGACUUUCUUUCCUUCCCUGGAAGAAUUGCUUAUGGAAGACUGCCCUGAGUUGACGACAACUGCAAAUAAUUUCCCGUCUCUUGAAAAGCUAACUGUUAAAAACAACACUUCCGGUGUCCCUGUGGUAAAAAUACUUGACCAUGAAAACAGUCUCGCUUGUCUGAAGAAUCUUCAUAUCAAAAAGGUGAAGCAGCUCACAAGUUUAUCUCAGAAGUUGACAGAGUACUGCACAUCACUCCAAGUAUUGGAAAUCCAAAGAUGCCACAAGCUGACUUGCUUGCCAGAGAACCUUUCAAAGUUGAUUUAUCUUGAAGAUUUGCAAAUAACUAAAUGUUCCAGCUUGGAGUCUCUACCCAACCUCAGCGGUUUAGCUUCGUUGCGUUGUUUUCAUCUCUUCUGCAAUAAAAAUUUAAAGUAUCCUCUAGAAGGUCUGCAAUGUUGCACGACGCUGGAAGAAUUGGUGUUUUCAAUUUGCCCAAUAACUGAGACACUUCCUGACCUGAAAGCAUUGACUCGUCUUACCGCUCUCAGCCUUGUCGGUAUACAAGGUAUGCCCAAGAUGAUAGGUCAGUGGCCUGAUUGUAUAUACAGCCUUCCGUGUCUUCAAACGUUACAUAUUGGGAGGUAUGAUCAGCUAGAUCAUUUUCCUGAUAUAAAUCCCCUUUUGAAAAUCACAUCUCUCAAGAAUUUGCUGUUGUAUGGUUGGAAAAACCAAGAUGCGGAUAUUAGUCUUCCAGAACAACUUCAACACUUUAAGAUGCUGCAACAAUUGCAUAUUCGUUUAUUUGAGAAUCUGGAAAGUCUUCCGGAUUGGAUCGGAAACCUUUCAUCUCUCCAGAUAUUGGUCCUUUCUAGAUGCAAGAAGUUGAAGAAACUAGCGGCAGAGGAUGCCAUGAAGCGACUCACCAAAUUAAGCAACUUGAAAUUUCAAGAAUGCCCCCUGCUGGAGGAAGCCAUCAAGACCAAUGGCACAGAGCAUCACAUGAUUUCUCACAUUCAAGUUGACACCGAAUGAAUUUGGCAAUCCUUGUAUUUAUAAAUUACUAUUUUUAUGUAAAAUUUCAAUUCCUGUAUUUAUACCCCUUAACAUUUAUGAAUUCUUUCUUUCUAAGUGUUGAAAAUUUAUCAUUCUACAAAUCGUACCAAUCUUUGUACAGUAUGCCUUUCUUUCUUUUUUCUUUUUUUUUUUUUCAAAUUUUUUUUUUACGAUGUUUAAGAUGAUACUCAUUUGAUUAUUACUAUUUGUUCUUUCCACUAAGACUAAUGUUCUUAUAAUUAUUAAAUAAAAAAUCGAACAAAUGUCCUUUCUAUAUAAAAUAUGUGUUCUUUUUUCUUUUUAGAAAGUAAAAUAUGUGUUCUUGAUAUUAAAGCUAUAUGCUUUUUAUAUUUAAAUAAUACAAGUAUAUUUACACGGGGUUCAUGUUCAUUAAUUCCCUCUCUAUAUGAAGUUCAAGUGUUUUGUAUUUAUCCCUUAAAAGCUAAGAGGCACACUCACAGUAUAAGAAAUUUAUUAUUUUAAUUUACUUAUAAUUUUAUUACAAAGUAUUUUAUUUCUAUAAAUAACAAUGUCUAUAAAAGAUAUUACUUCCUUCAUUUUUUUUUUAAGAUGCAUCAUAAUCUAUGAAUGAAAGUUUCAAUUUAAACACAUCAUUUUUCUUUUUGGUUAAUAAA